CUACACAUCUCGGAGAAAGAACUACAACGUUGUUGUAGUUCUGCCUUGCGCAGAAGGGCUUUAGAGCCCUUUAAAUGUAGCCUACAGUACGUGCAAAGAUGGCAUCUCAAGCCGACUCGAUACAUGCGCAACAUGUGAAAGCAAGGGUAAAUGACAUCCUCGCCCGAUUAACGCAAGAGAAGAAAAAGAAGACAAAAAGGGACGCGUUGGCGCAGCCCCUGAAACACGAGCGGACGGAUAGAGACGCGAAGAAAGUGGAGCUCAAUCCUCUCCGGCAUCACGACCACCACCACCAACAGCAGCCUGCCGAGCCACGGGAGCACCAACAGCUGCACAAAAACCAAAUACAUAACAACUUUUGCUCUGGAAAACCUUCCACGCUGCCAAACCAUUACCACCAUCACCACCACCAUCAUCUCCAUCACAGCAGCCGCACCAACGGCGCAAAGAAGAAUGCACCACCUGCCUCCUCGCAGAAGGUACCGCCGCACAAACCGGCAAAGAAGCGGCCGUUGCCUCCCGCUCCUCUUCCGUUAUUUACUUUUCCGCCUCUCAGAGGGGCCAAGGUCAAGACGCAGGGGCGCACUGAGCCGCGUCGGGAGAAGGACCACCGGCCCCACGGGAAGAAUGAAAACACCGGGGCCAACGUGACACACACAGAGCUGAAGAAACCACAGCGAGGUGAGUCACGGCCUCGCGACGAGAAUGUUAAAUCCCAAGCGCUGCUGGCGGAAUACCUCCUGAAGAAGUCAAAGAAGAGGAAGAGGAGGCAUCACAGCGAAGAUGAAGACCAGCCCAGCGGCGGGAAGCUCAGCGGCGUCGUGCGCCACAUGGAGGUGCAGACCGUGUGCACGGGACCGGCAGCCGACCUCACCUUGUCCCCCGCUCACCCUGCUCCUCCUCCUCCUCCUCCUGACCAGGAAGGUCGGCCCGAUCACCGCCACCACCAUCCCCAUCAUCCCCCAGACCAUCCUCCUCAUCCUCACGACCACGCCCACCUCCGCACCCCCAGGGCUCCGUUCCUCUCCCAUCAGGACCACUCCAUCCGCAGCGCGUGCCUUCAGACGGGCGGCUGGCACGGCCGCUUCAUGCACGAGGAGCGGCAGGCCAACGGCGGCGGCCGGGUCCUCCACGCCUACGCCGACGAGCUGGCCUCGCUGGGGGCCGACCACCUGAGGGCCUUCGCCGGGGAGUUCAUGGAGCGGGCGUUCGCCGAGACGGGCCGCAGCCAUCGGGGGAAGAGGAGGCCGGCCGGGGCCCGCUACGCCCUGGCGGUGGUCCACGGGGCCGCCGCCUACCUGCCGGACUUCCUGGACUACUUUGCGUUCAACUUCCCCCACACGCCGGUGAAGAUGGAGCUGCUGGGCAAGAAGGACAUCGAGACCACCACCAUCGCCGACUUCCACGCCCAGGUGAGCCAGAGCUACUGCUCGGGGACGUACCGGGCCGGGCCCAUGAGGCAGAUCAGCCUGGUGGGGGCCGUGGACGAGGAGGUGGGCGACUACUUCCCAGAGUUCCUGGACAUGCUGGAGGAGUCUCCCUUUCUCAAGAUGACCCUCCCAUGGGGCAGCCUCUCCAGUCUGAAGCUGGAGUGCAGGUCCCAGAGCGACGACGGGCCCAUCAUGUGGGUGCGCCCCGGGGAGCAGAUGGUGCCCACCGCAGACGUGCCCAAGUCCCCCUUUAAGCAGCGCAGGACCAUGAACGAGAUCAAGAACCUGCACUACCGGCCGCGGAGCAGUGCACCCAGAGAGGUUCUGUUUGAGGACCGCACCAAGGCCCACGCCGACCACGUGGGACAGAGCUUCGACUGGCAGAGCACGGCAGCGGUCGGCGUCCUCAAGGCCGUCCAGUUUGGAGAACGUGGUAACCGGCCUCGGAUCACCAAAGACGUGGUGUGUUUUCAAGCGGGAGACUUCAACGAUGUGGUGCAGAGGCUGCAGCUGGACCUCUAUGAGCCCCCAGUGUCUCAGUGUGUGCAGUGGGUGGACGACGGGAAGCUGAACCAGCUGCGGCGCGAGGGCAUCCACUACGUGCGCACGCAGCUCUGCCACGACGACAUCUACUUCAUCCCCCGCAACGUCAUCCACCAGUUCAAGACGGUGUCGGCCGUCUGCAGCCUGGCCUGGCACAUCCGCCUGCAGCAGUACACCGCCACGGAGGAGGAGGAGGAGAUGGUGGAGGGGGGAGGGGAGGGGGAGAAAGGAGGGUCUGAUACCACCGCGACCGUCCGAGCCCGCCCGCAGUUGGAUGGAGGGGGGUCCCGGGCCGAGGGGCCCACGUUCCAGAGACCCGCGGUCCCCUCGCCUCGCAAGCCACCGAGGGAGGCUUCCCCCCCGCCUGCUCUGUCAGGCCGUACGCCCCCCCCACUGCCACCGUCGCACAGGGACCCUCCCCCUCACCGGGCACCCCGGUUCGGCUCUGGAGGCGCUCCGUCCCCCCUGCCUUGUCUGGCUCUUCCUUAG